UCCGUGCAGUCAGACGCUUCUGAGACGUUGGACGCGGAUGAUCCUCGUGUCACCGGUAUCACCAAGAAGUGCUUGGACGAUCCCGAAGACGUCGAGAAGAACUGUUUGAAGCAGAUGGACUACAAGGCCAGGAAGAAGGAGAGGAUGCGAAUGCGUAUCGAGUUCAAUAUUUCUUCGCUGAUUGCUCGGCAGGACUUCUUGAUGACUCUCGCACGGGCCCUCCUUACUUUCGGAGCACCGUCUCAUCGUAUCGAAUCCCAACUCGUCUCCGCCUCACGUAUCCUCGAAGUCGAUGCCGAGUUCAUCCACAUCCCCGGUGUCAUUAUAUGCUCCUUUGGCGACUCCGAGACCAAGACUUCCGAGUCGCAUUUCGUCAAAUGUGGCGGGCGCAUCGACCUAGGGAGGUUGCAUCGCGUCCACAGAAUCUACCGCUCAGUCAUGCACGACGAGCUCUCGGCGAAGAAGGCGACGAAACAAUUGGAGGCUCUGUUGGCGGCCAAACCGAUAUACAAAGUCCUUCCUCGGUGCUUCCUGGCGUUUUGGCUGUCGGCCCUGAUCUGUCCGCUGGCUUUCGGAGGGUCAUUCGUCGAUAUGUGGAUUGCAGCAGCUGGUGCAUUUGUUCUUUGCGCUCUGCAGCUUACUGUUGCCGCCAAGAGUGUGAUGUAUGCGCAGAUCUUCGAAAUCUCGGUCGCUAUCUGUAUGUCCUUCGUCGCCCGUGGCUUGAGCAGCAUACGCAGCCAGGUGUUCUGCUAUACGGCCAUCUCUUCGGCUGGUAUUGUGGGUAUCCUGCCCGGCUACCUCAUUCUCAGCAGUUCUUUGGAGCUGGCAUCCAAGAACAUUGUCUGCGGUAGUGUCAAGAUGGUUUACGCCCUGAUCUAUACUCUGUCUCUGGGUUUCGGGCUGCAGAUCGGUAGCGACUUCUAUCUGCUCCUCGAUCCCGGUGCGCGUCACUCCCUGCAAUUCCUCGCUGCGAAUAUGUCCACCACAAUCAGUCUGGCCGGUAACUUUACCGCGGACAACGGCAUAUCGUAUCCCGGCCUACCCCUAUCCGGCACCUUCACCUUCUCAAACUCGUCCGGACCGCUCAGCCACGACAUCAUUGCGGGGUGCUAUCGUCCUUUGGACUUCCCCUGGUACCUCCAGCCGUUCCCCUGGUGGACGCAGUUCAUCAUCGUGCCCAUCUUCUCGGUGCUCAGUUCGCUGGCGAAUUUGCAGCCCUUCUGGACGGUGGACUUGCUUGUCAUGACCCUCAUCAGUUGCGCGAGUUAUGCGGCGAACAAGGUGGCGAAUCACUUCAUUUUUGGGCGGUCGGAUAUCGUGUCCGCCAUCGGCGCCUUUACGGUCGGGCUCCUGGGCAACAUAUACUCCCGGAAGCUGGGCGGGACAGCGUUUACAUCCAUGGUGACUGGUGUGCUGUUCUUGGUUCCAUCCGGGUUGUCACAAGCCGGAGGUAUCACAGCUGAGGGCAGCGGUAUCGACAUCGGAGGGGCCAUGAUAUCAGUCACUAUCGGUGUUACUGUCGGACUAUUCAUGAGUCAAGCACUGGUGUACACGUUCGGUACGCGAAAGAACGCUGCCGUUUUUUCGUUCUAAGCGGGAGGAUCAGAAAAAGCGCUUUGUAAUUUAGAACUUCCAUCUACAUCCUGUACAUUUAAUAUCCUCUGUUGUGACAUUAGUCGUAUUAUUAUAUUCUCUCUCUACUCUCCGAAAACAUGGAUCCUCCGUCCGAAUAAUCAGUACCUUGAACGGCUUCCGCCUGGCUCAGCCCCGUAGAAAUUGAUUGC